UUGAUCCCAUUUUUUAACCAAUCACUCGCUAUGGCAGCAAUCAGAAAAAAGCUGGUCAUAGUGGGAGAUGGAGCCUGCGGGAAGACCUGUCUGCUCAUUGUUUUCAGCAAGGACCAGUUUCCUGAAGUCUAUGUGCCCACCGUGUUUGAGAACUACGUAGCUGACAUUGAAGUAGACAGCAAACAGGUUGAGUUAGCGCUCUGGGACACAGCAGGUCAAGAGGACUAUGACAGGCUGCGUCCGCUCUCUUAUCCAGACACUGAUGUCAUUCUCAUGUGCUUCUCCAUCGACAGUCCCGACAGUCUUGAAAACAUCCCUGAGAAGUGGACCCCCGAGGUCAAACACUUCUGUCCUAAUGUUCCCAUCAUUCUGGUCGGGAAUAAAAAGGACCUGCGGAACGAUGAGCACACUCGGAGAGAGCUUGCCAAAAUGAAGCAGGAACCAGUGAAACCAGAGGACGGCCGGGACAUGGCUAACAGGAUCAGUGCCUUUGGAUACAUGGAGUGCUCUGCGAAAACAAAGGAUGGUGUGAGGGAAGUGUUCGAGAUGGCCACCAGGGCUGCACUACAGGCCAGGCGGGGGAAGAAGAGCAAUAAAUGCGUCCUACUGUAAACGGGGGCACGGGGACUGCUUCCUGCAGGGGGAAAG